ACUAGUAACAACUUCGUCACUCAUGUUGGGAGUGGGAGCAGUGGAGGAAAAGGGCAACUUCAUGAUCAUAUCUGGACUGGCAGGACUAGUUGCAGGUGCAUGUAGCAUGGGAAUUGGAGAGUACGUGUCUGUGCACUCACAAAGAGACACCGAGAAAGCUGAUCUGGAAAAGGAGCGGAUUGAGCAUGAGAAGGGUCCAGAAUCGCGAGCUCGAGAGCUGGAAGAAUUGACACAGAUCUAUGUGCAGCGGGGCCUGAAGUAUGACCUGGCAAAAGAAGUGGCAGAAGAAUUGACGAAACACGAUUACCUGCGAGCGCAUGCACGAGAUGAACUUGGUAUUGAUUUGGAUGAUCUUGCCAAUCCGUUCCAAGCGGCAUUUGCUUCUGUUGUAGCAUUUGUGCUUGCCGGUCUUAUACCAUUGAUAAGUUGUGCUUUCGUCCAGGAUCACAACACCCGCCUUGGCGUCGUCAUCGCUGUUGCGACUAUUUCUCUGUUUGUUUCUGGAGCAAUUGGUGCUCGGCUCGGCGGUGCCUCGAUUUGGAGACCAGCAAUUCGAGUCACCGUCGGGGGAUGGGCAGCCAUGCUUGUUACGUUUGGGAUUCUAAGGGCUUUUGGCACUGCUGGCCUCUGAUAACAUUUGAGGUAACGGGUACUACUUGAUGGGUGGUGUGGAGAGGGUAGAGAGGGAGGAGCCACAGUUUUUUUGGAAUUGCAACAGAAAAUGUGACGUGGAUGCAGUGCACUGCAUGCAAUUGAAGAAAUUGUGGGUUGAGCCUUUGAGGCCCAAGUAUGUUAUCCUAGGUGGAUACUCCCAGUUUCACACUGGGACUUGCUUUGGACUGAAUCUGGCCUCAGUCAAGAGAAGAUUCAUUCAAGAAAGCUGUCUUGCGAGUGAGUAUGCCCUUCGGUUGUCCUUUGGUGCGCCCCUUGAUGCUGCAGCAAUUGCAGUGUGCUGCAAUAAUUUGUUCUCGCAGUUAAUGAUUGCAAGCUGCACAGCAGCUCUGUAGGAAAUGCAGGUUACUGCACAGUACAGUAACUAGCUUUCGUGAAUAUAUAUUUAUGACUGAGAUGUAUCUCCACUGUGAAUUUGGAGCUUGCAUGAGCUCAGGGCGCUUUCCUUGGCCGUGUGGCUAAAAAUAGAUGAAGUGUACUAUAUAUGUGAUCCUCGGUCCAUCGUACCGACAAUAAAAGCAAAAAAAAAUG